CUCUUCAAACCUUCCAUCCUGCGCGCUGCCUCCUCACAGACAAACACACAGACGCACAGACUUUUAAUGAGAAGAGAAGAGAAGAACAGGACCGUGCCAAGCUACCGGAUAUGCGCACAAGAAUGCAAAAGAAAAGUGUGUUUGUGCCUCUAGUGAUUUUUGCGCCGGAUAAAUUUCACUCAUGUGGGAGAGUUUCCCCUGCUCGGGACUUUGAUUUGGUUUGAUGGGCGCGCACACGCUUGGAUUUCUGCUGAUAACAACGGGGGCUGGAGAGAGCGCAUGAAGUGAGGAGUUUUUCAUCCUCAGCUCCAGAGGGUUCACCAGGUUUGACUUGAGGUCUGUGAAGCUGCACAUUUCUACCGAACCGAACCAAAUGCAGAGAGAGAGAUGCAUCUGGGCAAGGCGUUACUGUUUGUCCUCCUCCUCAACUGCGCAGCUUUGAGCUCGUCCCUGUCGACUUGUGCCACCGUGGAUAUCGACCAUGUGAAGAGGAAGAGGGUCGAGGCGAUACGGGGUCAGAUCCUGAGCAAACUGCGGCUGACGAGUCCUCCGCACUCCCUCGGACCGAAUAAAAUCCCUUAUCAGAUCCAGGCGUUGUAUAACAGCACCAAGGAGCUACUGGAGGAGCUAGGGAGGGACCGGCAGCAGAGUUGCGGUCAGGACAACACCGAGACAGAGUACUACGCCAAAGAGAUAUACAAAUUCAACAUGGUCUACGGACCGCCAGAGAGUAACGAUGUGCUCUAUUGCCUCAAAGGCAUCACCUCUAAGGUUUUCCGCUUCAACAUCUCCGCCAUGGAAAGGAACUCGACCAACCUCUUCAGAGCAGAGUUUCGAGCUCUGCGGAUGCCAAACUCCAGCGCCAAGAGGAAUGAGCAGCGGAUUGAGCUCUACCAGAUUGUGAGGCCAAAUGAACACAUCAGAAAACAACGCUACAUCGCAGCCAAGAAUGUGCUGACCAAGGGUACUCCAGAAUGGGUCUCCUUCGAUGUGACUGACACAGUGCGGGAGUGGCUGAUGAACAGAGGAAGUAAUUUAGGCCUGGAAAUCAGUGUGCACUGCCCCUGCCACACCUUCAACCCAAAUGGGGACAUCAUUGACAAUGAGCACGAGGUGCUGGAGGUGAAGUUCAGAGGCGUAGAUGAGGAGCAAAGCCGCUUGGAUCUGGAUCAGCUGAAGAAGAAGAACCUUCCUCACCUCAUCCUCAUGAUGAUCCCGCCCCACCGCCUGGACACUCAGCACAGUCGCCGACGCAAGAGAGCACUGGACACAAACUACUGUUUCUCAAACACGGAGGAGAGCUGCUGUGUUCGCAAACUCCACAUUGAUUUCCGACGUGACCUGGACUGGAAGUGGAUCCAUGAGCCCAGUGGUUACGACGCCAACUACUGCUCUGGGCCCUGCCCUUACCUGAGGAGCUCAGAUACGACACACAGCUCGCUGCUGAGCCUGUACAACACCCUGAAUCCGGAGGCCUCGGCUGCCCCCUGCUGUGUUCCUCAAGACCUGGAACCUCUCACUAUACUCUACUACUCCGGACGGACCCCGAAAGUGGAGCAGCUCUCCAACAUGAUUGUCAAGUCUUGCAAGUGUAGCUGAGAAGACACUGAACGGCGAGGUAGAGUGGCACCCUUUCUGCUCGGUACUGACCAAACCCAUGUGCUCCUUUGAACUCUUAGCUGUGACAAAUAAUUAAACUGACCCUGUGGACUCGUGGCUUAGAUCUGGAAGGCCACACUUCUUUUUUUUUUCUUUUUCUAAAGGAUACAGAUUUUCUUAAAACCGGGGCUCAUCUUUUUCCUUGUUUGGUAUUUUUUCCCAACCCCCUCAGUCUGCUCUUAGUUACAAGUAGUUAUUUUGAUCUUAUAAGGUGCAACCCAAACCAAACGUAGUCUGACAAUCAAGGUUUGAUCUCCAAAAUAUUUCUGUCUAGGUUUGUGACAAUGGACAGAAUGCUCUUAAAGCUAGAUGACAGAGUCCUGUACGAAUGGGAGAGACUUGCUCUGUGCUAUAUUUUCUACUUCAGAGCUCAAGCAAAUGUUCCACAAAGUCCAAGUCUACCCUUUCAGUAGAGAAGCUUUUGUGUGUCUUGCCCCGGAGCAGCAUUGUUAACAGUCACAAAUGUAGACGCCACUCUUCUGAACGGUCAAAGUGUCCUUUCUGACUGGAUUCCUCCCUUGAACUUCCCUUAAGCUCCCUUCCCUUCAAACAGUGGGCAUUAUCUUCAAUCACAAAAGGAGAAAGGACAGACUUGCUGCUGUAUCCAAAGCCAUAGCUGUGGUCAGGGAAAAGGAGAGCCGAAAGAGAAUGCCUGUUGGUUUUGCAAUGGAAAGUGAAUGAACAAAGAGGUUGAGCCAAGCUUUUCUUUUUUUGGCCAGCCAGCAGCAAUGGCCCUGUUUUUUUUUUUUGGUGCAUCUAAUAGAAUGGGUAGAAGAAGAAGAAGAAAGAGAAGGAGAUGAAGAAGAAGGAGAAGGAGAAGAAGAGGGGACCUGUAUGCAAGGGAAGAACUCCCAUGGAAACAAGCCAUGAGCUCACUGACUGCCAUUCACUGGAAGUUUUCAUCCCUAACAGGUUCAAAUUAUUUUUGGGACUUCAAAGAGUAUACUGGAAAAGAACAAGUCUUACGCAACAGUUUUUUUGUUUUUAAUGGGAUUUCUUUUACAUUAAUAGCAGAUUUUGGUCUGUUAUGCAACUUGUCAUAUAGUGAUUUUUUUCACUAACUGGGAUGAAAUUUGACGUAUCCCCAUUGGUGGAAACACAUUUAUAUUAAACCCAGAGUGCUGAUGCAUUUCCUUGAGAUGUAAAAAGGGAAAGGAACUUUUUUUUUUUUUUUUGUCUUGUGCAUAAAAAUAACCUAAUUAUUUUUGACCUGUUGUAUUUGAUUAGGUUUAUGUUGGACGUAAAUCAUGUUGUAUUAAAAGUUGACUGUUCCCAGAAAAGUACAUCAGAGCACUUUUCUCCUGCAAUAACAGGACAUUUAAAGACAUUUAAAAUACAGCUGUUUUAUUUCUUCUAUUUUCAAUCAUGCUAUCCUACCACUAGAGAUGUUCCGAUACCAGCGUUGCAAAUUCCUCCGAUACCGACCUAAAUGUAGAGUUGGAUAUCGGCGAGUGUGCAAUUCUAUGUAUAUCGAUCCGAUAACGUUUUUAAAGUUUUGUGGUUUCAAUCAACUCUUCAUCCACAGGUAGUGUCGCAUUAGCCAGAGCUAGGUAAGAUGUCUGCAAAGUAAAAUGGAUACAUGCAUACGUGACUUCAGUUUCAAGGGGUGGCACUUUAUGUAGCCAAUUACAGAACUUAUGACUAAUUAUACAACAAUGAUAGCAAUCAGCACUUCCAUAAAGGGUAUGAAGCGUACAGCUGUUGAAAUAAAAUACACAAGUUUUUUUUUUUCA